AUGAAGGAGCAGAUGGAGGUCAUGAUGAACGCCCUCAAGGGGCGAGUAUCUUCUGAUCUCGACGAUUUAGUGAACAGGACCGACUCACCAUUCACCACGUCUGUCAACUCAUUCCCCCUGCCACAAAAGUUCCAGAUGCCGCAGAUUGAAAGUUACGAUGGGGUCAAGGAUCCACUCGAUCAUUUAGAGACCUUCAAGACCCUGAUGCACCUUCAGGGCGUACCAGAAGAGAUCAUGUGCAGGGCGUUCCCGACCACGCUGAAGGGGCCUGCGAGGGUCUGGUUCAGUAGUUUGACACCAAACUCCAUCAAUACUUUCAAGGAGUUAAGCGCCCUGCUCACCUCACACUUUAUAGGCGGACAUCGAUACAAAAAGUCCACCACUUGCUUAAUGAACAUCAAGCAGCAAGAAGACAAGAUGCUGCGAGCCUAUAUAACUCGUUUCAACAAAGAAGCCCUUUCGAUUGACGAAGCUGACGAUAAAAUACUCGUAGCCGCGUUCACUAGCGGGCUACGGAAGGGUAAGUUCUUAUUUUCCCUAUACAAGAAUGACCCAAAGACCAUGACGGACGUCCUCUACAGGGCUACCAAGUACAUGAAUGCAGAGGAUGCGCUGCUGGCCCGCGAGGAAAGGCCUAAGAAGAGGGAAAGGCAGGAAGACACGAGACAAGACAGGGGGCGAAAGGUCGCUAAAACCGGGGAUCGACAUGAUGAAAAGUGCUCCAGACCACCCACUAGAAGGUUCACCAAUUUCACCCCGUUAACUGCCCCAAUCGACCAAGUAUUAAUGUAA